AACAUACUCGCUGCAUCUCUGUCUAACACCCUAUGGCCAGCUAAGCAAAUUUAAUUCAUAAACAAAAGGCUCGAAUAUUUAUUGUACUUUUUUUUUUAAAUCAAAUAUGAUACACAGCCUGUUCAUUGUAAACAGCAGCGGUGAGGUAUUCCUAGAGAAACACUGGCGAUCUGUUGUGUCGCGUUCCGUUUGCGAAUACUUUCUCGAUGCCCAGCGUGCGGCUCCAUAUGAUGUACCGCCAGUGAUAGCUACUCCACAUUAUUAUCUUAUCACUGUGCAGCGUGAUAAUGUCUCAUUGGUUGCCGCCUGUAAACAGGAGGUGCCGCCCCUAUUUGUCAUUGAAUUCCUGCAUCGUGUCGUUGAUACAUUCCAAGACUAUUUCGGUGAUUGUUCAGAGACUGUGAUAAAAGAUAAUUAUGUGGUCGUCUACGAACUGCUGGACGAGAUGCUUGACAACGGCUUCCCCCUGGCCACAGAGAGUAACAUAUUGAAGGAGUUGAUUAAACCGCCGAAUAUAUUGAGAACUAUUGCCAAUACGGUGACGGGCAAAAGCAAUGUUAGCACCACAUUGCCAUCGGGUCAGUUAUCAGCCAUUCCCUGGCGUCGUAGUGGUGUACGAUAUACCAAUAAUGAAGCCUAUUUCGAUGUCAUCGAGGAGGUGGAUGCAAUUAUUGACAAGUCUGGUUCAACAGUUUUUGCUGAGAUUCAAGGGCAUAUCGAAUGCUGCAUCAAAUUAUCUGGUAUGCCCGAUUUGACGCUAUCGUUUAUGAAUCCACGACUCUUCGAUGACGUCUCAUUCCAUCCGUGUGUGCGAUUCAAGCGAUGGGAGGCCGAACGUUUGCUCUCCUUUAUACCGCCCGAUGGCAAUUUUCGUUUAAUGUCCUAUCACAUUAGUUCGCAAUCUGUUGUGGCUAUACCCAUUUAUAUACGUCAUAAUUUCUCAAUCAAAACGGGUGAACAGGGACGUUUGGACUUAACAAUCGGGCCAAGGAAUACAUUGGGUCGUACCGUGGAUAAAGUGAAAUUGGAAUUGACAAUGCCAAGAUGUGUACUGAAUUGCCUGCUGACACCGAAUCAGGGUAAAUAUACAUUCGAUUCGGUGACCAAAACUCUGUCCUGGGAUGUGGGACGCAUUGAUGUAUCCAAAUUGCCAAAUAUUCGUGGAUCGGUCUCCAUAACGCCUGGCACUACGAAUAUAGAUGCCAAUCCGUCGGUUAAUGUGCAAUUCCAAAUAUCACAGCUUGCCGUAUCGGGUCUAAAGGUCAAUCGUCUUGAUAUGUAUGGCGAGAAAUAUAAACCCUUCAAGGGUGUCAAAUAUUUAACCAGAGCAGGCAAAUUCCAAGUGCGCAUGUAAAAGUAAACUUUAGCGUCAAUCUCUUGCCCCUCUUGUAAUUGAUUUAUAUGUUUGUGUAAAACUUUCUAUCAGCUUUAAUUAAUUGUACAAAAAAAAAAAAGAAAGAGUCAUUGUCAUUUCUUCAUUUUAACUUUUCUCUACUCCAACUCCCUUCUCUCUAGAGAGAGAGAGCGAGAGAGAAAGAAAGAGUCUCUUUCUCGCCUGUCACAUAUUUAACUUCACAAGUUCAGUUGUCUGUUUGUCUUCGUCGCCAUAUUUGAAACGAGCAUCGGUGUCGUCAAGACUUGGCCAGAAGAAGAAUCUUGGCCUGGUCGUUUGACUGGAAACAUGAAAUUGCACACAGAGAGUUGAAAACCUGUGGGCAGAGUCAGAGCCAACAGAGCGGCAUGGCAACACCGCAACAACAGCAACACAAAACAAAAAACAAAAUAUAUCAAAAAAG